AUGUGUGAAGUAAAAGGCAUAUAACUGUCUCAAACAAAGUUUAAAUUAAGGAAUUGAACGAACGAGGAAGCAAAUGGAGACGCAAACGUAGGAGGAUGUUGUAGUAAUAUUAUUUAUAUAAUACACGACUAUUUGGUGGGGUAUAUGCUUCAAGGAGAUUCCAACCUUAAGGGUUUUGUUCCAUUUUUGGCUUAUAAAAGAGAGCUAGGUAUUCGUAUGAACUUCAUAUUCUCAUCAUAAUAUCCCAUCAUCAAAAAGCAAACUCUUUAAUUAAAGGUUGUUGAUAUAUAUAUAUACAUACAUAUAUAUAGAGAGAGAAAGUGUUCAAGUACUACUAAUAAUUGCAAUAAUAUUACCAUGAGAAACAACAGCUCAAUAGUGUUGAUCAUCAAGCUAUUAAUCUUACAAUAUCUCUCAGUCCUUUGUGUUUCAGAAGAUAACUUUGAUUUCUUCUACUUUGUCCAACAAUGGCCAGGAGCAUAUUGUGAUACAAAGCAGCAUAGUUGUUGCUACCCAAAAACAGGAAAGCCAGCAGCAGAUUUUGGAAUACAUGGGAUGUGGCCAAACUACAACGAUGGUUCAUGGCCAUCGAACUGUGAUCCAGAUAGCGUCUUCUCUAUACAUGAGAUAUCAGACUUGAUGGGCCGUCUGCAAAAGGAAUGGCCAUCCGUAAGCUGCCCCAGCAGCAAUGGAAACCGAUUUUGGUCACACGAAUGGGUAAAGCAUGGGACUUGUUCCGAGCAAGAACUAGAUCAGCAUGAUUACUUCGAAGCAGGUCUCAAGCUCAAGGAAAAAGCCAACCUACUCAAUAUCCUCAAAACUGCAGGUAUUGAACCAAAUGAUAAAUUUUACAGCUUGGAGAGUAUUAAAGAAGCUAUAACAGAGGGAGUUGGGCAUGCCCCGGGAAUAGAGUGCAACAAGGAUUCAGAUGGUAAUAGUCAACUUUACCAAGUUUAUUUGUGCGUCGACACUUCUGGUUCUGACUUCAUUGAGUGUCCCAAGCUUCCAAGAGGAAGAUGUGCAACAACUGUUCAGUUCGCCAAAUUUUAACGCCUUCUAUUCCAGACUGCCUAAUUUUAUUCUCUACUUUUCUUCUUCUCAAAUAAAACCACUUUUUUCUAAUUAUUUUCAAUUGAAUAAAUGGCUAGUUCUUUUCUUUUUCGUUAAA